UGAUAAGGGAAUUAGCCAAUACAUAUAGAGAAUUACAAAAAUAGUCCAUCCAUACAAUUUUUUGUAAAUGUGUGCGUGUUUUUGACUGGAUCAAUUAAGCUUUUUAAACCAACGGCUCCACCUUUGCAAACGGCGCGCUAAAUGCCCGGAAAUUAGUUAACCAGUAGCAGCAUAGCCUUGUGUUUCCCAAACUCAACUGUCAACUGAUGUAUCUUGACUGCGGAUUUAGUCCGCUAACUACAUAUUAGAGCUCUUCAUGGGUCCAUCCGAACACGAUUACCCGGUCCGGGUCCAAAAUUCAAACUUGUGCAGUGUGGAGAAAACUGUACUCUCAGAAUGACUGAUCCCAUGCUUGACCAGAUGACCAGACUCAAACUCAGGCUGCUGGAGAAGAGACUGGAGAAUGAGAGGGACAACAAGGACGGCAGAGCAGAAUCUGCCCUAUCCACCAGGAGUUUUGAUGGACAGGUGGAUGCGCUGCACAGUGUGCUCAGACGAAAAAAGGACCUGCUGCAAAGACUGAGGGAGCAGCACAUGUUGGAGGACCUGAGCAGACCUCACACCUGGGGUGGGACAGGGAGACGGUACCGCCCAGACCUCCUCCCUCCUCCUGUCCCUCUGCCUCCUACUCCGGCCCCCAUCCAUAUCUACCAGCCUGCCCUUGCACCCCCCGCUCCACCCCCGCCACAGCCCCCACGCAUCAUCCAGCAAAUGUUGCCCCAGCAGCCUACUACCUUCAUACAGCAGUUACCACAGCAACAGCCCCUCAUACAACAGAUACCCCCUCCUCAGCCUUACCCUGCACCACGGUCUGGGAGCAUCAAAGAAGACAUGGUGGAGCUGAUGUUGAUGCAGAAUGCUCAGAUGCAUCAGAUCAUAAUGCACAACAUGAUGCUGAAAGCAAUACCUCCCACGGCCCUGUCACCACCUAACCCAGGACAGGACGUUGUUGUGAGGUCAGCGGUCAAACCAAGAGGAAACUCCGUCCACCACCAUCACUACGGCCCCCAGGCCCAAUUGCUACCUCCCAUUGGCUAUCCCAUGUGGCCCUCAAUGACGUCAUCGCUACCUGAAGGGCAGGGCGGGCCUCAUAUGCCGUCCGUGCAGCAUGUGACCGGCCCCAUCUCAUUGCCCCCACUCAACAUGUAUUAGCCUAGCCCUGAACAAUAUUCCCUAACCCCGAUCUUGAGAUAUUGUCUUCAUAUUUCAAAAUAUAUACAGAUAGAUGAUUGAUUGUAAAUGUAAAAUGUAUACAUUGAUAUUAUGUUUGAUAAGCAUCGUUUCAGUAUUACCAAAUAUAAUGGUUGAAUGGAGAAUUUGCUUCUUGGCACUGGCAACAUGUUCUAGAUUCAAAUGUGUUGGCCUACUAUGAUUCGUGGUUGCAAAAGAGUGUGCAAAUGACAAAGGUCUGUAAACAUGCAUCAGGACUUCAAAAUUAAUAAAACAAGAUUUGCAAACAU